UGGUUAAGUACAACUGCACAGGUCAGGACUAAACCAAGAAAUGGUGUUAGUUUUAAGGGAACCACUCUUUCGGCGUUUGUAUACAUCCUGUUAUCGGUCAUAUUCAGUUACCUCCAAUAAUGCUUCUAAAGGAAAAAUUACAAUUGCUGGGAAGGAUUACAGCGUGGACCAUAUGACAAAUGUUACACCAAAAAUUUUAUCUCAUAUUGGACAAAAUCUUCACCUUAAAAAAUAUCACCCACUGAAUCAUAUACAAACCAUGAUAGUGAAGUAUUUAUAUAGUCGUUAUAUUACUGCCAGAGGAAAUCCACUGUUCUCUCUUCAUAAUCAGUUUCAUCCUGUUGUGACCACCCAAGCUAAUUUUGAUUCUUUGUUGAUUGCAAAGGACCACAUAAGUCGACGAAAAAGUGACAAUUAUUAUGUUAAUGAAAAUUACUUGUUGCGUGCUCACACCAGUGCACACCAGUGUGAAAUGAUAAAAAUGGGAUUUGACAACUUCCUUGUGGUUGGUGAUGUGUUCAGGCGUGAUGAGAUUGAUUCCUCACACUAUCCUGUUUUUCAUCAGAUGGAAGGAGUUAGAUUAUGUGAUGUCAAAGAGGUCUUUGGGAUACAGCAGGAUAUGGAGAAAUUCACUUUGUUUAAGAAUGGUGAGAGAACAGAUAAGAGACAAGGUGUUCAUAAGCAAGAAGUUGUAGAUAUCCUUAUAAGCGAUCUUAAAGGUUGUUUAGAAGGAUUAGCAACAACACUUUUUGGUCAAGAUGUAGAGAUGAAAUGGGUAGAUGCUUACUUCCCAUUUACUCAUCCUUCAUGGGAGCUUGAGAUUAAAAUUGGAGGUGAAUGGGUAGAACUCCUAGGCUGUGGUAUUAUAGAACAGGAGAUUCUUGUUAAUUGCAGUUCUGGACACAAAGUUGGUUGGGCUUUUGGACUCGGAUUGGAAAGAUGGGCCAUGAAAUUCUAUGAAAUUCCAGACAUAAGGGUAUUCUGGUCUCAAGAUUCCGGAAUAUUAUCACAAUUUCAUUUUGAUGAUCCCUCCACAAAAAUCAAAUUUAAGAGAGUCAGUCAGUUUCCACAAUGUACAAAUGAUAUAAGCUUUUGGCUCCCUUCUGAAGGAUAUGAUUCUGCUGAUUUCUAUGAUCUUGUAAGGAACAUAGGAGGAAAUUUAGUUGAGCAGAAUGAAUAAUGGCUCCUGGAUCCGAUACGACAAAGCCGGUUUCCACGUCGUAUGCCCAGACGGGACCACCGCCCAUUCCCCAAUCUUUGUAGCAGCUGAUGGUUGUACGGGGACAUCUACAAACUACACCGUCAGAGGGGUCAACACGAUAAUACGUGAGAAGGCGUAUUUUGCGAACUAUACUUGGGCGUCUACAAUUAUCCCAUCACUACCUCUCCCAUACAACGCGCGGGUGGCUCAUCGUUUGACGCAACUGGCUGAGAUGAACCACGCGUCACCGACUUAUGCAGGUGGAGAAAAUCUUCGUUACUACAUUCUGCUGGCCGUGUUCAGCGUGACGGCCAUAUUGGUUAUCGCCGUCAACAUCUUUGCUUGGCGUAGGCUGAGGCGUACACAGAAGGAUCUCCAAGGAAACGUAUUGUCCCGUCCAGAUGACGUACCCGUUACACUCAAGUCGUUUGAGUUUAGGGCCGCCUGAAACUGGCCAUUUCAUUUUGUGCCUAGGAAAAUUGUCUGGAAUUGUGUUGUGUGUGAAAAGCGGUCUGUAUGCUGGCAAAAAUGUAGGACAAGAAAGACUCACGCCUUUGCAUUUGAACAGUUAAAGUAUCUCCCGGGCACCUAAUAAAGUAUUAUAGCCCAAUCUUAUACAUUAAUAUACUCCUAAAGGUAUUUUUCGGGCACCUAAUAAAAUAUACCAGCCCUAUAUAUUAAUCUGGCCACAAUUAUACUAUUAUACAAUUGUACCAUUAUAUUUACCUAUUACAAAGAGUGACAAGUACUCUUUAACAAUUAUCCAUGAUCAUGUUGUAAUCUAUCAGUAACCACUAUUCUUAAUCAGGUUAACUAUUAUCAUAAUAAUCAUGUAUACAUGUUAAUCCUUUGAUUUUUACCUUUUGAUUAUUUUUGGGUACCUAAUUAUUAUUAUUACCAAACAUGGAUCUAGAUUUUCCAUGCAUUUAUCUUUGUUUAUGAAUAUGUAAAAAAGGGUAUGUAACAGAACCUUUUUAUGCAUUUAAUCACUUGUUAUGUUUAUACCUAAACAUAUGUUACGAGCACGCUCCUAAGAAACCAUGUUUAAAGUAACUUUUGUUAUUCAAGGCUUGAAUGGUAGCUGUCCGAGCCUAAUGUAAUAAAUACAUUUUAGAAUUACAUAAUCUGUAAAUAAAAACCCAUGACCUGAAGUCAUUGGCAUUAGGAGGGUCCUACGUGACCAAGGCAGAUCUAGAUUACGCUAUGCGAUGUCUGCAGUAGCCUGAUUUAGGUUUGUUUGAUAUGUCAGCUUGUUGUACAUUAUCUAUCUUUUUCAACACGCCUUCCAUGGGAAGCGGUUGACCUGUUAACCUACGCCGGAAACUUGUAACUUCCGAGCCGGCGGACUACGUAUGUUUUUAUGUGAAUCGCUGAGAUAGCUAAUGUUUCGCUAUCAACGUGAUGCUCUAAGAAGUCAGUUCAUUUCCAGCCAUCAAACAUAUCGGUCUCCCGACCGAACUGUCUCUCUUAUUAUGGAGUUACAGAAUAAA